CAGGAGACCUGCCUUUUGGACCAGGUGCUGGAGCUGAUUAUGAACGAGAAGCCCCCCGCAAGUACGAGUCUUUUCCUAAACGAGGACGCGGACAAACCCCCCUUGCCGGAGAGAGGAGACCUGAGGAGGCGUUUGCGCAGGGGAAUGGAGAGGAGAGCCAUCACCAUGAAGGAGAGGAUGGGCUCCAUCAGCAGGGGCAGUGUCAAAGCUUUCCUUAAGAGGAACUUGUUUGUCCUGUUCACCGUCGCGGCUGUGGCUCUGGGUGUAAUGCUGGGCUUUGCUCUGCGCCCCCACAAUAUGUCCAUGAGGGAGAUCAAGUACUUUGCCUUUCCUGGGGAGCUCCUCAUGAGAAUGCUGCAGAUGCUGGUGCUGCCUCUCAUCGUCUCCAGUCUGGUCACAGGUAUCUCCUCCUUGGACAGCAAGGCGUCAGGUAAGAUGGGUAUCCGUGCAGUGGUCUACUACAUGGUGACCACCCUGAUUGCUGUGUUCAUUGGCAUCGUCAUCGUGAUGAUCAUCCAGCCGGGCAAAGGCAGCAGAGACAGUCCUUUGGCCAAAAGUGGAAACAUUGAACCUGUUCAGGCUGCUGACGCUUUUCUGGAUCUCAUCAGAAACAUGUUCCCCCCCAAUCUGGUAGAAGCUUGUUUCAAGCAGUAUAAAACAGUUUACAAGAAGACUGUUCAUACACGGAACGUGACGGUGACCCUGAACCUCACCGACUCCCUCAACGUGACAGAGUCUGACCUGAGCAUGAACCUCAGCAGGGUGCUGCACACCAUACAGGAAACAGUGGAGGAGACGAUCCCCAUGUCCGGCUCCUCCAAUGGAGUGAAUGCUCUGGGUCUGGUGGUCUUCUCCAUGUGCUUCGGUCUGGUCAUUGGCAACAUGAAGCAGCAGGGCCAGGCUCUUAGGGAUUUCUUUGACUGCCUGAAUGAAGCCAUCAUGAGACUGGUGUCCAUCAUCAUCUGGUACGCUCCAGUGGGCAUCCUGUUCCUGAUUGCAGGGAAAAUAGUGGAGAUGAAGGAUCUGGCCGAGGUGGGCGGUCAGCUGGGGAUGUACACCGUGACGGUCAUUGUGGGUCUCCUCAUCCACGGCCUCUUUGUGCUACCGAUGCUUUACUUCAUGGUGACCAGGAAGAAUCCCUACAGCUUCAUCGGUGGUCUGCUGCAGGCCCUCAUCACGGCCCUGGGGACGUCAUCCAGCUCUGCUACCCUGCCUAUCACCUUCCGCUGUCUGGAGGAGAUCAACCAUGUGGAUAAAAGGGUGACACGCUUCAUCCUCCCCGUGGGCGCCACCAUCAACAUGGACGGCACCGCCCUCUACGAGGCUGUGGCAGCCAUCUUUAUCGCUCAAGUUAAUGACAUGGACCUAAACUUUGGCCAGAUUCUCACCAUCAGUAUCACGGCAACUGCUGCCAGCAUCGGAGCAGCAGGCAUCCCUCAGGCUGGCCUGGUUACCAUGGUGAUCGUAUUGACAUCGGUGGGACUGCCCACAGAGGACAUAACACUGAUCAUCGCCGUGGAUUGGUUCUUGGACCGCCUGCGUACCACCACCAACGUGCUGGGGGACUCGCUCGGGGCCGGCAUCGUGGAGCACCUCUCCCGCGGAGAGCUACAAAAUCAGGAUGAUGAGGUGCGCAACUCUGUCAUCGAGGAGAAUGAGAAGCCCUACCAGCUCAUCUGCCAGGAAAACGACACCAUCAAGCACCACAACAGUGAGACCACAAUGUGA